AUGGUCAGCAGGCGUGCCAGCCAGCAGCUAGGAGGCUUUGCUGAGGCCACAAUAGCAUGGAUCCUUUGCAAUGUCUCUAUGAACCUCCCUCAAUGGCGAGUGUGGUAUUUCCAAGAGCCCAUGGAUUCCAAGCUCAGCCUAACUUUAGUGGGGAUGUGGAGAACCUGUGUGUAUCACGAGGAAAGCAAUUCCAACAUUUUAAGAGUAUGUUACCAAUAUACCUACCAGGACAAUUUCAUUCCUUUGGAUAUUUGUGUUGCUCAACACCAACUGAUCUCGACUGUUUCUGUCAUUGUUGCUCUUUGGAAAUUGUGCUCAGGGAACCUCCGGAAGAAAGUAAUCUACAAUCCAUUCUUCUUCCACAGGAUUAUUAACACAAUUUCUAGCAUCUUAGUCUUCAUUUCCCUCCUGUAUAAUUAUUUAUCUAUAUUUCACAAGGAUAGGAUUGCCUUACCCCCAUCUUUCCAAACACCCUCCUUCCCAGAAACCCAGAAAGCUGGCACUGCUGUGGGAAUGACAACUCUUUCUUCUGUCUUAUUUUUAGUGGGUGGCACAAUUUCCCUUUGUUUCACACUUCCCCUGCAUUCCCGAUACAUUCUAGUAUUCAAAACAAUUUUUCCAACUAACAUAAACUUGAAAAUCCAAAAUUGGAAGGAAUAA